AUGCGCGAGCUUUUCAUUUUUACAACUUUUAUGGUAUUAUUUCAAGCUCAAGUUAAUUCUCUCUCGGAAUUCAUGGCAAAUCAAACACAAUUAUACGAUGAUUUGUUUAAAAAUUAUAAUCCUGAUAUUGGAUGUGUCAAUACUAUAGGUGAAUUUGAAAUUUGUAAUUCUUUAAACAUGGGUAUAGUUAUUCAGCACCAAAAUCCCCGUAUAUUUUGAAUAUUGAAAGUGGGAUGUUCAAGUUGGUCAAAAUCGUAGAAGCGGAAGAAAGUGUCACUUUUCUUUUUGAUUUGAUCUUAGUAAGUUGCUAAAAAAAGCUUUGGUGACAUACAGUAUUCUGGCUCUGAACUUUUCAACAAAAAAUUCUCUAAUCCUAAAUUUGAUUCAUAGACUUGGCACGACGAAAGACUAGAAUGGCAUCCAGAUGACUACGGUGGAAUAAAUCACAUUUACGUGCCAUUGAAAAACGUUUGGGUUCCGGAACUGACAAUCGUCGAUUCAACAGAUCAGAAAAGUUUUCUCGAAAAAGAUAUGCUUUAUGCGUGGAUCUACAACAAUGGAAGUGUGAGCUUUUAUCAUUCUUCAAUCGUCACAACAAUUUGUGAAAUGGAUGUUUUCCGAUUUCCGAUGGACAAACAUACUUGUAGUAUUAAUGUUAUUUAUCACAGUUAUGAGCCUGGUGAAUUCGAAAUUUUGGCAGAACAAGGAUUGAUGCCGAGACCUAUUAGAACUCUUGGAAAUGGUGAAUGGCAAAUGGAAUCUAUGGGUGUUAGAAAACAGAUAAUGAAUGACAAUAAAACUCUUCUAGUAAGCUGAACUUUUCAAUAGAAGAAAUAAUUACUAAUUACAGAACCUCUACGAGGCAACAUUCCAUCGAAAUCCAAGUUUCUACAUAACUCUAAUUAUCAUUCCCGCAUAUUUUAUAAAUGCAUUGAGUAUUGUUGCAUUAUUCCACAAUCUUGAAGCACGAGGUGAAAAAUAUCAAAUUGGUAUGACAAAUAUUAUGUCAAUGAGUUUUAUUAUGGUUAUUCUGGCUGAUGAUUUACCAAAAACAAAGAACAUUCCACUUCUAGGUAAGAUUUUUUUUUGAUUUACGACAAUUUAAAAAAUUCCAGCAAUCUUUGUUAUUGUAUGCCUGGCAUUAAUGCUUGCCGCAUUGGCUUGUGCUUUGAUAAUCCCAAAAGUCACACCAUUCCUCAUCAAAUAUAACAGAACUCUACCGAGAAAAAUCUCUUUGAUUCUGAUGUAUCUUCUACAAAUCGCAAACUUCAUCAAUUUUAUUGUUCUAUUUAUUUGA